CGCCGGAAGUGCGAUAUUUCAUAUAAAAUUUUGAUUUAAGUUAAGUUUUUAUCUGAUUUUUAGUAUUUUACUAGUUCGGAAUGCUUCAAAUGAACAUGAUGGACGAUCCGGGAGGUCCUGCUAAAACUUUGUACGUUGGCAAUUUAGAUGCGGCCGUUUCUGAGGAAUUACUGUACAUGUUGUUUUCACAGUUUGGCAUGUGCAUGGAGUGCAAAAUUCUUAGAGAAGCAGGGCACGAUCCUUAUGCAUUCAUCAAAUAUACUGAACAUCAGCACGCUCAGGCAGCCCUCAUGGCCAUGAACAAGAGAAAUGUGCUAGGCAGGGAGUUAAAAGUGAAUUGGGCCUCACAUCCUGGGACGACAGCGAAACAGGAUACAACGAAUCAUUAUCACAUAUAUGUCGGAGAUUUGAGCCCUGAUAUUGAUGUUGUCCAAAUAAAAAAUGCCUUCGUACCUUUUGGUGAAAUAUCGGAUUGUAAAAUAAUACGAGACCCUCACACGCAGAUGUCGAAGGGCUAUGCCUUUGUGUGCUUCGUUCGAAAAGAGGACGCAGAGAAUGCUAUCGUGACCAUGAAUGGCCAGUGGCUCGGCGGUCGAACGAUCAAAACCAACUGGGCCAGUGGCAAAGGAAACAUGAUGAACAUCACCAAAGCCCCCGGAGGCCGGCCCAUGUUAGAUUACGAUGAGGUGUACAACCAAUCCAGCCCGACAAAUGUUACCAUAUACAUUGCCGGUGUACAGACAGGACUGACAGACGAAUUACUCCGAGAAACCUUCUCCCCAUACGGCAACAUUGUCGACAUUCGAAUAUUCAAAGAGAAGUGCUAUGCCUUCGUCAGGAUGGAUAAAAAAGAGUCGGCUUGUAAUGGGAUAGUGGGAGUACACGGAACCGACGUUAAUGGCUAUCCAGUCAAGUGCUCCUGGGGCAAGGACCCUAGCGAUCUCCUGAACCCCAGCCCAUCUCUCAACAGUAGCAACAGUAGUAGUAUUACUGCCAGCAAUAGCAACAACAAUAGUAUUGGUAGUCUGAAGAUGGGUGCGUUACCCUCUAGUGGAGGGACAGCCCCCAUGAAUGCCGCCUCCCCAUACGGGGCUAACUUCCCUCCCAAUCCGUACAGUGCGUACUAUCAGCAGAUGGCCUACUGGCAGUACCCCCAGAUGAACGCUGCUUACAUGAACGCCUACAACCAGCAAGUGUAUGCAGCUGCUGCAGCUGCUGCUAACUAUCCUGGAUCACAGUGGCCUGCCAGCAACAACACAGCAAACAAUGGUGGUAGUGGUGGAGGUGCUGGGGAUGGAUUCUAUGGCAACAAGCAGUAGCUUGCUAUUUAACUGUGGACUUGAAUAUAUAUAUAUAUAUAUAUAUAUAUAUAUAUAUAUAUAUAUUAUAUAUAUAUAUACAUGUAUAGUUUGGGUUGGGGCUGGUUCUAUUGGAAACAUAAGAUAGAUAUCAUUUUAUGCUAUUAUCUGUUUAUGUUUGUCUCUCUCUCUUUCUCCCUCUCACUCUCUUUUUCUCUCACACACACUCUCUCUGUUAUAAGUAAAUGAAUGAUAAUGAUGAUAGUGAUUGUUAUUAUUUUUAUUAUUAUUUCUCGAUAAAUCAAUUUGUUAGGCUGGCUGUCCGUCUGCUAGGCUGUUGGUUUUAUUGAUUACUUUAAUGAUCAUUAUUAUUAUUAUUAUCUUUAUUAUUAUUAUUAAUGUUUGUGUACAUAUGUUGUGGGAGUAAGUUGCGGUAAGGUUAUGAUAAUGAUGGCGAUGGUGGUGUUGAUGAUGAUUUUAGUGAUUGAAUGAUUGGUUGGUUGGUUGGUUGAUU